GCGAGUGGCGGAAAGCAGGCGGCGUCUCUGGCAACAAGCUCUUCCAUCUCUCGUGACUCUGGCGCCGAUGCGACAUUAGCUAGCUGCCAAUUCAACAAUUCCCGCAAAAGUUCAAGUGACAACUUCCCAACCAAUAACAACUUUCCGACGAAGUCAACGCAAAUUGAUUCCGGUUCGAUUGUCUCUCGAUCUUCAUCGAUUCAUUACGCACAGGAAAACGAAAGCAAACCAUUAAGUUCUAGUGAAAAGUUUUCUUGGCUCCUUUAGCGUGGCAAUGCUACCGAAGCCAAACCAAAAAUUUCGCAAAUGAGUGUUCGCAACGUCGGGCUAAACCAAUUAAAAGAAUUCAUUCUUGUGUAAUAAAUAAAUUGCUAACAAUUAUAACUUGUAAUCGCACUCAAGCAUAAUCAAAUGAAAAGUUCAACAAAAUGUUUACGGCAAUUGCAGCUCAAAGCGAGAGACCAUAGACGAUGUGCAAGGUGUUGUGGUAGUGGCAAGAAAACUCAAAGGAAGCCGCAAGGCUCGACCAGAAAUAUAUAAGUUGUAAUUGCAGAAAGAAGCCAGCGCAACCGCACACAUCGCACAUUCCGUCCGCCCUAAAGCAUAGACGCAUGUAAGCGGGGCAGGGCAGGCAGUGCCAAGAUGCCAUCGGCAGAUCAGAUCCUGUUCAUAAAUGUCACCACAACGGUGGCGGCGGCGGCUCUAACCGCUGCGGCCGCCGUCAGCUCCACAAACUCCGGGGGCAGCGAUGCGGACACGGCUACGGAUGCGGGCAUGGAAUCGCAGACGGCGGCCAACAUGACCGGCUCGCUGGUGGAGGGCCUGACCACCGUGGCGGCGGCACUGAGCACGGCUCCGGCGGAAGCGGACUCCGUCGGGGAGUGCGGCGGGGCCGUGGAAGAGCUGCACGCCAGCGUCCUGGGCCUCCAGCUGGCGGUGCCGGAGUGGGAGGCCCUGCUGACCGCCCUGGUGCUGUCGGUCAUCAUCGUGCUGACCAUCAUCGGGAACAUCCUGGUGAUCUUGAGUGUGUUCACCUACAAGCCGCUGCGCAUCGUCCAGAACUUCUUCAUCGUGUCGCUGGCGGUGGCCGAUCUCACGGUGGCGCUCCUGGUGCUGCCCUUCAACGUGGCCUACUCGAUCCUGGGCCGCUGGGAGUUCGGCAUCCAUCUGUGCAAGCUGUGGCUCACCUGUGACGUUCUGUGCUGCACCAGCUCCAUCCUGAACCUGUGCGCCAUCGCCCUGGACCGCUACUGGGCGAUCACGGACCCGAUCAACUACGCCCAGAAGCGGACCGUGGGCCGUGUCCUGCUGCUCAUCUCCGGGGUCUGGCUGCUCUCCCUGCUGAUCAGCAGUCCGCCCCUGAUCGGCUGGAACGACUGGCCGGACGAGUUCACCAGCGCCACGCCCUGCGAGCUGACCUCGCAGCGCGGCUACGUCAUCUACUCCUCGCUGGGCUCCUUCUUCAUUCCGCUGGCCAUCAUGACGAUCGUCUACAUCGAGAUCUUCGUGGCCACGCGGCGGCGCCUGCGGGAGCGGGCCAAGGCCAACAAGCUGAACACGAUCGCGCUCAAGUCCGCCGAGCUGGAGCCCAUGGCCAACUCCUCGCCCGCCGCCGCCUCCACCUCCGGCUCCAAGUCGCGGCUCCUGGCCAGCUGGCUGUGCUGCGGCAGGGAUCGCGCCCAGUUCGCCACGCCUAUGAUACAGAACGACCAGGAGAGCAUCAGCAGCGAAACCCACCAGCCGCAGCAGCACCCGGAUGGCUCCAAGGCGGGAUCCCAGAGCAACAGCGAUCCGCAGCAGCAGCAGCACGUGGUCGUACUGGUCAAGAAGUCGCGUCGCGCCAAGAUCAAGGACUCUAUUAAGCACGGCAAGGCCAGGGGCGGUCGCAAGUCGCAGUCCUCGUCCACCUGCGAGCCGCAUGGCGAACAGCAGCUCCUGCCCUCCAGCGGGGGAGGGGGAGGCUGCAGGGUCGGCGGAGGACACUCCGGCGGAGGAAAGUCCGACGCCGAGAUCAGCACGGAAAGUGGGAGCGACCCAAAGGGCUGUAUACAGGUCUGCGUAACCCAGGCGGACGAGCAAACUUCCCUCAAACUGACCCCUCCGCAAUCUUCGACGGGGGCGGCCGCCGUUUCCGCCACCCCGCUGCAGAAGAAGGCGAGCGGCGUUAACCAGUUCAUCGAGGAGAAGCAGAAGAUCUCGCUGUCCAAGGAACGGCGAGCGGCCCGCACCCUGGGCAUCAUCAUGGGCGUCUUCGUCAUCUGCUGGCUGCCCUUCUUUCUCAUGUACGUCAUCCUGCCCUUCUGCCAGAGCUGCUGCCCCACAAACAAGUUCAAGAACUUCAUCACCUGGCUGGGCUACAUCAACUCCGGACUGAACCCGGUCAUCUACACCAUUUUCAACCUGGACUACCGGCGGGCUUUCAAGCGGCUGCUGGGCCUGAACUGAGAACCCGGAGAGCAUUACUCAGAGUUUGUGCCAAACUUAAAUAGUUGUUUAUCCGACCAGCAAAGAUCUCAGUCUUAUGUUAAACCCCAACUGGAAAACCAAAAUCGAACUUCUAAAGCUCAUUCAAUUAUACUUUGUAAGUUU